ACUAGGCUCCAUUAUCACGAUCUAACAAUAAUACUACUCUUACGGCCAGAUAGUAAUUGCAGCUGAAGCAAAUUGAUAAUUUAGCUGUGUUAUAAAAUUCUAAAAUAGCACUCCGCCCGCUUUAUGACAUUUGUUUAUGUAAACACAGUUUUUGGCUUAGAGUUUCAUUCCAAUACAAUUCAUCAGCUGGCAGUACCAUUUUCCAUUUGGCUUCCGCAGAAUAUAGCACAAAAACAGCACCGCUACACCAAAAGUCAAAUACAAAAUUAACCAUCGAUGCGAUGCGUUCGCGGUUUAGAGCUUUCUCUCAAACGGGGUUCUCUAAAAUGGUUCGCACAGCAAAUAAUUAUCCAGUGAACACCCAAGCAGCAAGUGAAAAAAUGGAGAAGAGCAUCUACACUAUUCUAACCCUGAACCGUUGGGACUCGCUAAAUCAUAUGGGUUAUAAAAUGGCUUCACUGAGGCCAAUUCAUGGGAAGCUAGCUUUGAAAUUUUUGAGCUGGUUUAUUAAGCAACCCGGUUUAGAAUUCAGUCACAUUAUUCACAUGUAUGGUAUAACUACCCACAUACUCGUUAGAGCUAGAAUGCAUGACUAUGUUAAGUCAAUUUUGAGGCAUUUAUCUGACAUGGGUGUUACGCCAAGUUCUGUUUUUGAGUCUCUUAUGGAUACAUAUCGUCUUUGUAGUUCGAACCCUUCUGUUUUUGAUAUUUUAAUUAGGGUUUAUGUCAGAAAAGGUACACUUAAAGAUGCUCUUCAGAUUUUCCAUUUGAUGAGCUCUCGAGCAUUUAAACCGUCGGUUUACACUUGUAAUAUGCUCUUAGCAGCGAUGGGGAAGCAGCGGAAUGCUGAGUGUGUAUGGUCGUUUUUCAAAGAAAUGCUUGCUAAACGUGUUUGCCCUAAUGUUGGUACAUUCAAUAUACUUUUACAAGUUCUUUGUGCCAAAGGAAAGGUCGAGAGAGCAAGUUGUUUUCUUGCAAAGAUGGUAGAGAGUGGUUAUAAGCCUGAUGUGGUUACUUAUAAUACUUUGCUUAAUUGGUAUUGCAAAAUGGGCAGGUAUAAGACCGCUUUAGAAUUGAUCGAUUGCAUGAAUUCUAAGGGUCUUGAGGCUGAUGUUUGUACGUACAAUAUGUUUAUAGAUGACUUAUGUAGGAAUAAUAGGAGUUCUAAAGGUUAUUUAGUAUUGAGGAAGAUGAGGAAGAGAUUGAUUGUUCCAAAUCAUAUCACCUAUAACACUCUUAUUAACGGGUUUGUGAAAGAGGGUAAGAUUGAUGUUGCAAUGAAGAUUUUUCAUGAGAUGUUGAAGUUAAAUCUUUCACCAAAUUGUAUCACUUUCAAUGCUUUGGUUGACGGGCAUUGUCGAGCAGGCAAUCUUAAAGAGGCUCAAGAAAUGCUGAAUGAAAUGGAAGCAAGAGGUUUACGGCCCAAUGAAGUUAGUUAUGGGGCUCUCUUGAAUGGUUUCUGCAAGCAUGGCAUAUUGGAUUCUGCAAGAAAUAUUCUCAAGAAGAUGAAGUUGGAUGGAUUAUCUCCUAAUCAUAUUGCAUAUACAAUGCUAAUAGAAGGGAUGUGCAAAAUGGGGUCACUUGGAGAAGUUGUACAUUUACUUGAGGAAAUGUUUGAAAGGGGUAUAUGUCUUGAUGUUGUUGCAUACUCGGUGCUUCUAAAUGGAUUUUGUAAAGCUGGAAUGCUAAAUGCAGCAAUGGAGAUAUUAAGUAAGAUGUACAGGUUUGGAGUUUUUCCAAACGAUGUGGUAUACUCUACUUUGAUCUACAACUUUUGUAAGCAGCAAGAUCCCCUAAAAGCAAUCAGAAUCUAUGCAAUGAUGCAAAAAUCAGGCCAUAGUCCUAGCACUUUCAUAUGCAACUCACUAAUAUCUUCUCUUUGUACAUGUGGAAGAGUAAGAGAGGCAGAGGAUUUCAUGCGUCACAUGCAUGAGAUUGGUCUUGUUCCCAGUUCUAGUGCUUUUACUUCUGUUAUUGACUGCUAUGCAAGUGCAGGUGAAGGGUUAAAAGCACUAUCCUGGUUUGACGAAAUGAUUAACUUGGGUAGUCAGCCUAGCUUGUACACCUAUGCAAGCUUACUAAAGGGAAUAUGCAGAGGAGGAAACCUUACAGAGGCACUUGGAUUUUUUGAUAAACUCCGUGGAAUUUGCUGGGCUACUGGUGUUGUCUACAACUCAUUGCUGGCUGAGAUCUGUAAGUUAGGCCACUUCCACAUGGCAUUAAUCCUUAUCGAUGAGAUGGUUCAGAAAAACGUGCUCCCUGAUAGUCAUACAUACACCAAUCUCUUAGCUGGCUUGUGUGGGAAGGAUAAGUUGGUUGCUGCAAUUCUUCUGUUGGGAAGAGCAUUGAAUAAAGGAGACCCCUCUUCAAACCGGAUCAUGUAUACGUGUAUCAUUGAUGGACUUUUCAAGAGUGGCUUGCCUAAGGUUGCCCGUUACUUCUAUGAUGAGAUGACGAGGAAUGGACUUAGCCCAGAUACCGUGGCACUGAAUGUGAUGAUGGAUGGUUACAUAAAACAUGGACAAAUGGAUAAGGUGAGCAGUUUCAUUUCUACAAUGAGACAGAGAAAUCAAAUGCCUUCCUUGGCUACAUAUAAUAUUCUAUUACGAGGCUACUCGAGACCGAAAAACAUAUCUGAGUGCUCUAAGUUAUAUCAGUCACUUAGAAAAAAAGGUUUUGCUCCAGAUAAAUUAACAUGCCAUUAUGUGAUUCGUGGACUCUGUGAGUCGAGCAUGCUGGAUAUUGGAGUUAAGUUUAUGAUAAAGAUUAUUGUGGGAGGAACAGUGGCAGAUAAAUUCACAUUCAACAUGAUUAUCAGUAAAUAUAGUGAAAGGGGUGAGAUGAAGAAGGCCCUUGAUCUACUUACUUUAAUGACUACCGUUGGUGUUUCUCCUGAUGGAGACACUUACAACUCAAUAUUUAAGGGACUGAAAAGAACAUUGGACUUCGAAAAUUCACGUCGUCUAUUGCAUAAAAUGUUCGUAGAGGGUUUCAUCCCAAUUGACAGACAAUAUAGUAAUCUAAUUACUAGUAUGUGUAAAGUUGGAGAUGUAAAAGGAGCAUUCAAAGUAAAAGAUGAAAUGGAGUUGCUAGGCGUUAGCUCCCGUAAUGUAGCUGAGGGUGCGAUUAUACGGGGGCUUGUGCAUCGUGGGAAGAUGGAGGAAGCAAUGCUGGUUCUUGAAUGUAUGCUUCGGGUGCAUCUGAUUCCAACUGUUGCCACAUUCACAACUGUUAUGCAUGGACUUUGCAAAAGUUCUAAGGUCUCUGAGGCCUUAAAAUUGAAAGCUACAAUGGACCUUCAUGGUGCAAAGGCAGAUGUUAUUGUUUACAAUGUCCUGAUAACAGGCCUUUGUGCUGGUGGCUGUAUUGAUCAUGCUUUUGAUCUCUAUGAGGAGCUGAAAGAGAGGGGUCUGUGUCCCAAUGUUACAACUUUUACAGUUCUUGUCAAUGCCGUCUGUUCUGCAAACGAUCUUGCAAAGGGUGAAAGUCUUCUAAGUGAUCUGCAAGAGAGAGGAUUGGCAGGUGAAUAUUCAAGCACCGAAGCCUUAUGUGAAGGAUUGGCAGUCGUGAGCGAGAAGCUAAAUGCUUUAAGAAAGAAGAAAAAGAAAAGAAGAUAAGUAUUGCUGUAGAAAGACGAAAAGCUGAUCAAUUUUACACUGGGAACAUUUAUCUUGCUUGCUGGAGAUGAGGUCUCCAUGAGGGUCGUUCUCUAGCUUAAACCAGCUUCAAUGAUUGAAAUCAGGCUAUCUGAUACAUCUGCAGCUUGAACUUUGGUCACUUCUACCUUUUGAAGGCUAUUUCUGCGUUUAAUAUCCUUUAAUAUAUUCGUCAUACAAGGUGGUUACAAGAAUUAUUCUGCAGCUCACGAGGUGGUCCACUGUUAUACUGACACUGAUCUGUCAGAAUAGCUUAUGUGCUCUAGCAAGAUGACUAGAGUUGAAGUCUUGCAUAAAUCACAGCGGAGCUUCAGCAUUACUAUAAAGAAGGCCAAUUGUGAAAUAUAGGUAGAAGAGUGCUGCUUGAAUUGUCCUAGUCGCUUCAGCAUUAAUGUCUAGAAGUAUCUAUCUGAUGCUUUAACUUCUUAGUUUCUUUUGCAAAUUUCACAACCAGUACGUCCAUAUGCCAGCAAAUUGCAAUAGCAUAGCUGAAACUUUUUCCAUCUUUGAGACUAAGAGUUUGCAGAAUAUUCUUGUUAUAAUUUGGUCUAUGCAGGUACUGUUCUCCGACUCUCUGCUAAAGUUCGAACAAAUCCUGCCUCCACUGACUUUCUGAAGUAGAGAUAAGGUAUCUUCAAUUGUUGUUGAUCAUAAUCCUAUUCAAUAUGUUCUCCCCUUGGUUAUUUGAAGUCAGAGAUCAUUUGGGUGACUGUGGUCAGGUAUUUGACAGUUCAUUAACGUGACAUGCCCUACUGGUGACAAGCUUUUUCUUGUCGCUUGUUUCUCAACACCACCGUCCAAAACAUAAUAAGGAAAAAAAGGCAGGUCAUAUGGAGAUGAUGUGUAUGGAUCAUCAGGAAAUCAUUUAUGGACUUAAGUAACUUGGAGACUGCAUUCUCCAGACUUUUUGAAGCCAGUUUAUAACAGAUCUCCUUUUUAAGUUAGUCUUUUCUUAAACAACAUUUUGUUUGACAACUGUGAGUUUUCACUGUUCUAACGGGUUGUCAUUCUGUUUUCACCUCGGACUGGUUGAGUAACGGAGUAUUGGAUGCUGAGGAGUCGUGAUCUUAAAGGUCAUGAUAUACGUUCAUCAGCUCCAUCAUAUCUGCGAAUUCUCAAUAAGGCAGCUCCUUGAUAUACGGUGUACCGCAACAUCUUUAACAUAUGUAAACCUAAUAAUGAAGGCAUGCGGCUGGAUAAAGGUGUGGGUCAUCAACUUGCAGCCAUAUCUGAGGCAAUAGGAGGAAGUCUGGCGGAGAGAUAAAAUGUGGAAUGCCCAUUUGGUUUAGCUUAUUUUCUUUAUGUAGCAGAAGAUUGUCUUCUUGUUCCCAUGGCAGAUAGAAAAUGUAGGCCAAAUAUCUCGAAAUAUUUGUGAUCCUCAUGAGAUGUAAUAUUUAAUAGAACUAUAAAGUACAAUCAUUUUUAUUUACUUUAAAUAAUGGUUGAUUCUAACCCA